AUGAGUACCCGCCCCAUUCGGAACUAUUCGUCUAAUGCUAAUGGCCUCGCCAGUAUCCAGAAGCUCAUCCAGUUCAACAAGAAAACCAAGAUCGUCUCCCGCCCAACUAUCCUCGACUACACAGGAUGGACCAAAGAGAACACUGCACCGCCGGAUGCCGACUCCAUCUCCCGAAUGUUCCGGACAGAAGGUGUGCAGCUCACCACCUUGGCCUGCAAAGAGGCUAUGCGAGAAGCUUGCCUUGAGCCCAGCGACAUUACGCACACGGUAGCAGUGACUUGCACUGAUCAGAGCAACCCCGGCUAUGAUCUCUUUGUAUGCCAGGAGCUUGGGCUUGGUCCAAACGUGCAACGAGUGCUACUUCAUGGCGUGGGAUGCGCAGGCGGUCUAUCAGCGCUUCGUGCAGCUGCUAGCAUCGCCGCUGCCGCAUCACAAAGAGGACGGCGCGCCCGCGUCCUGGUGAUGGCGUGUGAGAUAUGCAGUCUCUCUAUUCAGGCAGAGGUCCAAGCGGCCUGUGAAGACGACAAGCUACACGUAGCCCCAGCGCUAUUCUCCGAUGGCGCAGCGGCGCUAGCAGUAUGCAACGGUCUUGCGCUGGCAGACAAGCAAAAGCCAGUGUUCGAGCUGAAAGAUUGGGACAGUGUAGUUGUGCCGGGUACUUCGAGCUACAUCUCGUACGAUAUCGAGAAGCAUGUUCUGAGUGAUGACGAUGUCAGAGAACCCGAUGAUCAGCUGGCGACACCAUCUGCAUCCUUCCAAGACCGACUGAAGAAGUUCCAAUACACCGAAACGCGGACGAAGCAACCCACCGGGUCACCAUCCGGAUCGCCGAUAGAACCUAGAAAGCGCAGUAGGACUACUGUGACGGCGGUCGCAAAGAUCGCACCAGAACCUUCCCCACGACCGAAGAAGAAGAGGAAACCCAGCAAAUAUGCUGACCCAUCCAAAUACGCGCAUCUAUCGCCGCUGGUCGACAUACUAGAGCCUAAUCUGAUCUGUGUCUUCGUUGGCACGAAUCCAGGUGUUCAGACGGCCGCUGCAGGGCAUGCUUAUGCCCAUCCCUCGAAUCUAUUCUGGAAGCUGCUCCACUCCUCAGGACUUACCGACCGUCGACUGAAACCUGAGGAAGAUCGGAGUCUCCCUGCUCUUUAUUGCAUGGGUAAUACCAACAUUGUCGAGAGACCCUCCAAAGAUGCUGCCGAGCUCUCGAAAGAGGAGACUGCGGCCGGUACGGCACAACUGGAUGCCAAGUUCCUCAAAUACAAGCCAGAGGCUGUGUGCAUAGUAGGCAAGGGUAUCUGGGAAGCCAUCUGGCGGUAUCGCUAUGGCAAGAACAUGGGCAAGAAAGAUUUCAAGUAUGGGUGGCAGGAUGAGGAACACAACAUGGGCAAAAGCGAGGAUGGCCAGGAAGAGCAGGAUACCGAUGGCAAUAUAUGGAAUGGGUCCAGGGUCUUUGUUACUACGAGUACGAGCGGUCUGGCGGCAAGUCUGAAGCCGGCCGAGAAAGAGGCCAUCUGGAAACCCUUCGGUGAGUGGGUGCAGAAGCGAAGAGCCGAACGGGGCUUUGUGCCUCGGCCAGCGGACGCAUAG